AUGUUGCUCCAGCCUACCUCGAGCCGUCACUUUGAAGACUUUCGCUAUGUCGAGCCCAAGAUCUUGACCAAAAGCGCUCUGCCCAUCGCUCCGGGCGCGACUACGGCAGGUGCGUCUUCUAGCAAGUCGCCAUCGUUUGAACGUCGCUCCCUUCGCACGGUAAUCAUGCGAGCAGGAACCUCAAAGGGACUUUUCAUCAAGGCUUCCGAUCUGCCCAGCUCUCGAGCCGAAUGGCAAAACAUCUUGCCUUCGAUCAUGGGCAGUCCUGAUCCGUUUGGCCGUCAGCUCAAUGGAUUGGGUGGUGGCACUUCGACAACUUCCAAGAUUGCUGUUGUCUCGCAGAGCUCUGCUCCUCACAUCGCCGACGUCGAUUACCUGUUCAUCCAGUGCCCCAUCGAAGGCGACAAGCUCGACUUUACCGGCAACUGCGGCAACAUUCUUAGUGGUGUUGGCCCUUUUGCAUUUGAAGAGGGUCUCAUCCCGGCGUCAGUCCUGGCACCACUUGCUGCAUUCGCCAAGACCAACGGCAAAGGCCGACAAGACAAGGUCGCACUCACUCUUCGCUGUCUCAACAACAACCAGCUCAUCCGAUCUACAUUCCUUGUUCGCAAUGGAAAGCCGGUCGAAUUUGGCGACGUGGUCAUCGACGGUGUUGCAGGUACAGGCUCGCCGAUCCAGUUGGAUUUCCUUGACCCAGCGGGCAGCAUGUGUACCUCGCUCUGCCCCACUGGCAAACCUUUGGAUUUGCUGCACAUACACGGCGAAGACUUGCCGAUCGAAGUAUCAUGCGUCGAUGCAGCCAAUCCGUUCGUCUUUGUUCGGCUCUCCGACAUUGAUGAGACCCUGCGCGGAAACGAGCCAGCUUCCGUACUGGAACGCCACUCGGCUCGCGUAGAGCUGAUCCGUCAAGCAGCCGCCGUCGUAAUGGGUCUUGCACCCGACACGGCCACUGCAGCAAAGACCAAAGGCACACCCAAGAUCUGUCUGGUUUCCGACGCGCUCCCCGGCUCCGACGCACACGUUCUCUCGCGAAGCUUCAGCAUGGGUCGACCACAUCCUGCAUUACAGCUCUCCGGUGGUGUCUGCCUCGCUGCUGCCUGCAGCAUUCCAGGGUCGAUCCCGAACCAGAUUCUGCUCAAGCAAACCAAGAUGAUGCCGGAAAGGCUCAAGUUCGCACACGCAUGCGGUGCCAUUGAAGCUACCGCGGAUGUCGAGAUGGAUAGCAAGAGCCCGGUUGGCGUCACUGUGAGGAGCACGAGUCUUUUCAGGACUGCAAGGAGACUGGCUUCUGCUGAAGCGUAUUACCUCUCGCCUAGCCAGUAG